AUGUUGUUCUUCUUUCUUCUUAUAUUCUUAUCUUGUUCAUUAAAUUUUGUAUGGACAGCAACACCAUAUACAGCUUGUGAAUCAGAAUUAGGUACAAUUAAAACAUUUGAUGUUACUGGUUGUACAACAGUUCCAUGUAAAUUUCUUAAAGGUAAAACAUAUACAAUGAAUUUAACAUUUCAAUCACAAGCUUCAUCAAUUACUGCUAAAGUUAGCAUACAUGGUAUUAUUGCUGGUAUGCCUAUUCCAUUUCCAUUACCUGAUCCAGAUGCUUGUAAAUUAGGUGUUCAAUGUCCAAUUAAUAAUAAUGAUAUAAAUACAGCAUCACUUUCAUUACCAGUUUUAUCAUCAUAUCCAUCAAUGUCACUUCAUGUAAAAAUUGAAAUAAUAGGAGAUGAUAAAAAUCACGAUUAUGCUUGUUUAAAAUUUCCAGCAACAAUAACAAGUGGCUCGAAACAAUUAAAAAAAUUUAUUGGUUGA